AUGCCAGUAACAACUUCCGUUAUAAGAAACCUGAGGAAAAGAAAUUUUGAACAACUUCGACCGUAUACCGCCGAGAGGAUACAAGCUAGAAAUCAAGGUGUACCAGUUGAAGUAGAUAAAGAAGUUCUUCGGAAUGAGAAUAGUAUAAUAGAAACUUACGGUGGUUAUGUCGAAGACGAAACAGACUUAUCAUUUGUUGAAAAUGAUGUAGGGGAAUCACAGGAAGAUCAAUGGCAUUUUGAACAAGAAUCACAAGGAGGGAAAAAAGUUCUAGGGAUGUCAAACCGUCAAAAUUUCGGCAGGUCUCCAACUCCAACAAAUCAACCAAAUGUAUCAAGAGAUAUUGCCCGUCAAAAUGUUGGUUUAUCUACAUCAAGAAAGCAAAAUGUAUCACAGAAUGAAUCACGGAAGGUUAGUGUUGAACGUCAACUUGUUACUUCACCUUCAACGUUAUUGGAUGGCGACUUAAGUCCUGAAUCGAGUAAUGAAGAAGAAAUCGAAUCAGAAUUUAGUAGUAUUCAUGAUGAAUCUGUUUCUAAUUCAAAUGAUGAAAGUAAUGAAGUCGAAAUACACGAUGUGAACCUAAUAAGUAGCGAUGAUGAGACAAACACUAAUUACAGGACAACGAGUGAUAUUAUUUCCCAGCGUGCUUCAAUAUCAUCUCGAUCAUCUCGACCACUUGAACAAAACUUGGUAUCGAAAAAGCUAAAAGAUUUGCUGCAAUGGGCAGAUAUAACACCAGUAUCUUCACCAAAUGAUAAAAACUUUCCAAUUGAAAAAUAUUUAGAACUCUUUGAGGAACUUCACAAAAAUAUUUAUGUAGGAAAUCCCUGGCCAGAACAAGCAAGAUCUUUAAUAAGGGAUUUGAUGAUGUAUUGGGCAGGAUGGCGACCUAAUAAUAAUGGAAUAAAUAAUUGUUAUAAAAUUUUAGUGAAAUUAAUUGUGAUUGUGCCAAUUAAUGCGUGUAAUGUACCGGAUAUUACCAUCUUGACUCAAAGAUAUCUUGAUUUGACAUUACAGUUGCUUGGACGUAUAAUAGAUGAUACACCGAUAGAUCAUGUAAAUGAAUUUAUUUCAAAAUUCAAUAAACAUACUAGAGUUUUAAUAAACAAUAUGCGUUGCAAAGGGGUUCAGGACAAAGCCAAUGAAAAUAUAGUGAUUUCGAUUUGUUCGGUCAUUGCUUUGAUCAAUAAGAAACCAAUGAGCGAAUAUAUUUUAAAUAGGUUCACUUAUAUUUCAAAAAGAAAUCAAGAAUGGAUAAUAAGAACUUUAAUGUUAUUGAACCAAGCAUUAAAGAUGUUAACUAGUUAUGGAACUGGCACAAAGCAAACUCUUUUGGAUUUAUUUGAGUUGCUCAAACGAAAGUGUCGAGAUGAAAGAAUGGACCCUGAAAUUAAAUUAAAAGCAAAAGAAUGCUUGGAAACGGUAAAGGCAAUUAAUUAA